CCGCCGGCCAGGCCGGCAGCGGCAGCGGCGGAGGCGCCGCCAGACCGCCGCCGGCCGCCGACGGCCGAGCGGCGGCGGCAGCGGCGGCGGGGGCUGAACCGCGCAGCCGCUCGCCGAGGCAGCUGCAGGCGCAGGCCUCCCCCGGGAGCCCGAGGCGUCCAGGGGACGUCGGCGCCUCGCCGCGCCAGGUUCAGCGCGAAGGCUCCCUCGUUAGUCCGAGGAGUCCCGCCGCGUCGCCGCGGCCAGCGGCGCAGCGUGAAGGCGCCCCGAGGAGCCCAAGGGGCACGGGGGAUGUCGGCGCCUCGCCCCGCCAGGGGCAGCGCCAGGGCUCCCCUGUGAGACCGAGGAGUCUCGCUGCUUCGCCCCCAGCCCAGCGCAUUGGUGCCCCCAGGAGCCAGACAAGCGCGGGGAAUAUGGUUGCCUCGCCCCGCGGAGUGCAGCGCCAAGGCUCUCCCCUGAGCCCGAGGAGUCCCGCUGCAUCGCCCAGGCCGGCGCAGCGCAAAGCCCCUCCUGGCAGCCCGAAGCGCGCGGGAGGUCUCGGCGCGUCACCCCGCCAGGUGUUGCGGAGUCUCGAUGCUUCGCCCGAGACGGCACAGCGCCAAGGCGCUCCUAGGAGCCCGAGGAGCACGCCAGGAGGUGUCGGCGCGUCGCCCCGCGGGGUGCAGCGCCAAGGCUCUCCUGUGAGCCCGAGACGUCUUGACGCGUCGCCCCGGCCGGUGCAGCGCCAAGGCGCUUCCAAGAGCCAAAGGAGUGCAGCAGAUGUCGGCACGUCGCAGCGUGUGGGCCCUCCUGUGAGCCCGUUGGGCUUGGCUGCAUCGCCCAGGCCAGCGCAGCGCCCAGGUACUUCUACGAGCCAGAGGAGCGCGGCGGACUUCGGCGCCUCGCUCGCAAGAGGUCUCGCCUCUCUGUCCCGCCAACAGCAGCGGCAAGGCUAUCCCAUGAGCCCGGGGAGUCUCGCCGCGUCGCCCCUGCCAGCGCAGCGGCAAGCCUCCCCCAGGACCCCCAGGAGCCUGAGGGACGCCGGCACGUCGCACCGCCAGUUACAGCGCGAUGGCUUUCCCGUGAGCCCGAGGAGCCUCGCCGAUUCGCCCCGGCCUUGGCGGCGCCAAGUUUCUCCCGGGCGGGAUCUCGGCGCGUCGCCCCGCCAUGUGCAGCGCCAGGAGUCGCCGUCGCCCGUGAGCAUCUGGAGCCUCGCCGGGACGCCCCGUUCCGCGCAGCCGCACGCCGCUGCCAGGAGCCCGACGGCUCCAAGGGAUCUCGGCGCCUCGUCCCGCCGGGUGCAGCGCGGAGGCUCCCCCAGGAGCCCGAGGAGCAGUGCCGCCGCCUCGCCCGAGCCAGCGCCGUGCCGAGGUUCUCCCGGGAGCCCGAGGGGCGCGGCGGGCUUCGGCCCGCCUCCCCGCCUGGAGGAGCCCGAGGGCUCCCCGGGGAACUCGCCGAGGAGCCUCGCCGAGUCUCUCUCAGCGGCGCGCGAGGAGGCCUCCUCUCCCAGGAGCCCAGGGGGCCGCGGCGCGUUGCCCCGCCACCCCGGGGCGUUUGCGUGGCCGGUGCAGCGGAAGGCCUCCCCCAGGAGCCCGAGGGGCCCUGGGGGCCGCGGCGCGCUGCCGACCCACCUCGACACGUUCCCUUGGCAGGGGCAGUGCGAGGCCUCGCCCGCGAGUCCGCGGCGCGCCGCCGCCUCGCCCCGGAAGGUGUCGCGGCAGGCCUCUCCAAGGAGCCCGACGCAGGCGGCUGCCAAAGUCGCGCGGGAGUUGCUGCGCUGCGUGGACCUCCAUCGGGAGGCCAUGGUCGCAGAGCUGUUCGCCGCGCUGACCAGCAGCCGCGAGCUGUACAUGGGCCCGUCGGAGUUAUUGCGCUUCGCUCAGCUGCACGGCUUCGCCGGCAGUGCCUCUACUUGGCCCGAGGAGUACUCCCGGCUCUGCGCCCGCUACGACUUCUCUGGCACGAGGGGGGCAGACUGCGCCCGCUUCGCGCGCAUGGUCAACGACGAGCAGGGCGUCGGGUAUUGCACGGACAGGCAGCUGCACACCCUCAUCAGCCGGACACAGCGCGCGCAGCCCGCGCUCGGGUGGCGGGCGAACGAGGCAGUCCGCGCCGCCGGCGAGCACUCGCGGCAGGUGGCGCUGCGGGCGGAGCUGCGGCGCGUGGAGGACGAGCUCGCCGUGGCAAGGUCCAAGCAGAGGCUCGAGUACGCGCGGUGGCGGGCGCGCGCCGCGCAGCAGCGGGCGGCCGCCGCGCCGCGGGCUGGGCGCGGCAGCAGCCCGCGGACCCCCUCGCCCGCGCCGUCGGCCGGCUCUGCCUCACCGUUGCUCGGCGCGGGGGCCGCCAGCGAGCACGCGCCGUGGCGGACCGAUGGUCUGCUCGCGGAGCCCGCGGGGAAGGCCUGGCACGCGGCCCGCGCAGCGGAGGCGGGGCGGCUGGACGGCUUCGGCAUCGCCCCGGACGAGGCUGGGGCGUGCUACCACGGCCAGUGGGCCGGCGGCCGCCGCCAGGGCCACGGGGUGCUCUCCUUCGCCGAGGGCGUGUACGAGGGCCAGUGGGCGGCCGGCGCGGCGGAGGGACUGGGCGCCGUGUACUUCAGGAACGGCGACAGGUUCAUUGGCCGGUACGCGGGUAACCGCAAGCAGGGCCGGGGCACCUACGCCUGGGCGGACGGGGCGCAGGAAGAGGGGGACUACGAUCGCGGCGUGAAGGUCGGCUGGCACCGGUGGACGAGCGGCGGCCGAGGGUGGAGCCUGCGCUACGCAGAUGGCACCGUGGUCGAGGCACUCCAGGACAGCGACAUCCCGCACUCUCCCAUGGGCGCCUGAGGGCACCACGCUGCGAAGCAACCCUACCCUGACUUGGGCACUCUUGCUUGGCAUCGUGGCACCACUGCUGCGAAUCCCACAAAGUGGGGUGACGGUGAGCCCGUUAGCAUCGCUCCAGCACGAUGUCUUGUGCAUACGGGGGCAUCCUGGAGUCCCGCAACAGUCCGACCGGGCGCAGUGCGGCUGCCGCGCAAAUCGGACCUGUCUCACAACAUGGGUGACCACCAUCAUCGCCAUUACUUUCGUCGUCCGCCGCAGCAGACAUCCGACGGCUUUUUUUUGUAUCUCCGACUUUCACAGCCUUGCCUUGGGGCAGUCUUUCCCCGCACAAGCCCGGCCUCCAGCGUUCCCAGAACUGGGGACGGCAGCCGUCUCGAUCUUGUGUAUCUGGCCGCCGGAUAUUUGUCAAUCGCUGUCCCUCGCCAGCGCAGGAGGGUGAGUCGAGAGGCGUGUCUCUUUUGUUCCCCACAGCGUUUCCAUUUGUUCUUGCUUAACUUCUAAG